AUGAAUUUGGAUUCUUGGAAAAAAUCGUGCGAAUUGAAUGAUUUGACUCGGAAAUCAGGUCUUGAAUGGAAUUUCGAUCAUCGAAAAGGCGAUGUGUUUGUACGUUUCAUGGACGGUGCUCGUACCAAUGUCGCGUACAAUUGCUUGGAACGUAACAUUGCACGAGGAUAUGGCUCUCGAAUUGCAUACUUGUGGGAGGGCAAUGAGCCGUCUGAUAGCUCAUCGAUAACCUAUCAAGAGCUACUUGAUCGUGUUAUCACAUUUUCGGCCGUUCUUCGAUCUCAUGGUGUUCGCAAGGGCGAUGUGGUUGGAAUCUAUCUGCCGAUGAUUGUCGAGUUGCCGAUCGCGAUGUUGGCGUGUGCCCGCAUCGGUGCCGUUCACUCGGUUGUAUUCGCCGGCUUCAGUGCCGACUCGCUAUCGUCUCGUCUCAUCCACGCCAAUUCUCGUCUUCUCAUCACCUGCGAUGCUUUCUUCCGCGGCAAGAAACUCAUUCCCAUCAAGCACAUUGCCAAUGCUGCCGUUGCAGCGUGUUCCAAAGAGGGUAGUGAAGUGGAUAAAGUGAUUGUUGUACGUCAUUUGGAUCGUGUGCAUCGCGCAAACGGUGUAAACAUUCCGAAAAUUGAGUACGACGAGAGUAGAGAUGUGUUUUAUGAUGAGGAGAUGGAGCGUUGUAAGGGUGUUGAGUCGCCGGUUGAGUGGAAUGAAGCUGAAGAUCCUCUGUUCAUUCUGUAUACCUCGGGAUCAACCGGCAAACCAAAGGGUGUGGUGCACACAACGGCUGGUUAUAUGACUUACGCUUACGCUACAACUAAAUACGUCUUUGAUACUCAUCCUGACAGUGACAUUUAUUGGUGUACAGCAGAUUGUGGAUGGAUCACGGGCCAUUCAUAUUUGGUAUACGGUCCAUUAACGAACGGUUUAACAUCGAUUAUUUUCGAGGGUAUUCCCACCUAUCCAACCCCAUCACGAAUGUGGCAAGUGGUCGAGAAAUAUAAGGUGACAACACUCUAUACGGCACCAACUGCAGUCAGAGCGCUGAUGGCAUUCGGCGAUCAGUAUGUGCGCUGUUGCGAUCGAUCGUCGUUGAGAAUUCUUGGUUCGGUGGGUGAACCGAUCAAUCCGGCUGCAUGGCGUUGGUUCAGAAAUUGCAUCAAACGUGCUUGGCCGGGUAUAUGUCGUACGGUGUUCGGUGAUCACUCACGUUAUGUGUCCACCUAUUUCUCUUCAUUCCCAGGCUUCUUCUUCUCUGGUGAUGGUGCACGUCGUGAUGAUGAUGGCUACCUGUGGAUCACUGGUCGUGUCGAUGACUUGAUGAAUGUUUCGGGUCAUCUCCUAUCAACGGCUGAGAUAGAGUCAGCGUUGGUGUCCGAUGACGAUGUGGUUGAGGCAGCUGUGGUGGCAGCACCACACGAUAUCAAAGGCAGUUUCCCGUACGCCUUCGUUUCGCUCAGAAAUGGUGUUCAAUUGACCGACGAGAAAGUGAACAAUCUCAAGCAGUUGGUACGUCGUGUGAUUGGAGCGAUCGCCGUUCCGGACGUCAUCCAAGAGGCUCCCGGACUGCCGAAAACACGUUCCGGCAAGGUAACUCGUCGCAUUCUACGUAAGAUAGCCGAGGGAGAUCAAGGCGCGGAUUUGGGUGACACGACGACUCUACUUGAUGAAUCGGUGAUCAGUCACCUCUGGACUGGACGUAUGUCGAUGCGUACCGGAUAG